AUGUUCUUCGCUCAGAUUGAGGUAGAAACAGUUGAUAGAACUGGAACAUUCUUGGGCACAUUAUGGGAGUCAAGAUCCAAUGUGGCAGUGAUACUAUUAGAAGCUGGAUUGGCUAGAACGCAAACUUCCUUUGGUGCUGAUAGAUUGCAGGAUGCUCACCUCCUCAUGCAAGCUGAACAGGCUGCCAAAAGGCAGAAACUGAAGAUAUGGGAGAACUAUGUCGAGGGAGAGGUAGUUUCAAAUGGUGCUGUUGCUGAAAGACGUCAAAAAGAAGAGGUGAAGGUCACGGUCACUGAAGUUUUGGGAGGGGGAAAAUUUUAUGUUCAGUCGGUCACAGAUCAGAAAGUCGCCACCCUUCAGAGGCAGCUUGCUUCUCUCAACCUUCAGGAAGCUCCUGUAAUUGGUGCCUUCAAUCCAAAGAAAGGAGAUCUUGUUCUUGCUCAAUUCAGUGCAGAUAAUUCAUGGAACCGAGCAAUGGUGAAAUUCCAACCAUCCUCUUUCUUGUAUUAUAUUUUGAUACAUGUAGUUUUCCAACGUGAAGGUUCAUAGGUCACUGAUCUCUUU